AAUGAAAAAUGAAAGCGAAGACAGCACGCGAAGAACUUCUGAAAGGGAAAAAUGGAACAAUAAAAUUGAGUAUUGUUUGUCGAUUAUUGGUUACUUAGUAGGAUUAGGAAACCUCUGGCGUUUUCCUUACAUCUGUAUGAGAAAUGGAGGAGGAGCCUUUCUGAUUCCAUUUUUGUUUUUCCUCAUAUUUUGUGGUAUACCACUAUUUUUUGUGGAGACAGCAAUGGGACAAUUCAGUGGUAAAGGACUUCUGCAUGUAUGGGACAUUUGUCCAAUGUUUAAAGGUCUUGGAUUUGGAUUCAUGGUACCAACUUUGAUGUGGAAUGUGUAUUAUACGACAAUUCUAGGAUGGGCUUUGUACUAUAUCGGAAACUCAUUUAUCAGUCCUUUACCUUGGACAACAUGCAAUAAUGAAUGGAAUAGUCCGAACUGUGCAUUAGACAGUAGUUUCAUUGGCCGUCAAGGAAACCCGAACACAUUUUCCUACCUUGAUACAAAUGCAACAGACAAUAUAACUCAUCGCCUCAACAUCACUUCAUCACUGUUAUUGACCAACCAAAAUGUGUCUUGGAUAACAGCUCAAGAGGAAUUUUGGCAGAACAAUGUGCUACAGAUGUCGUCUGGUAUUCAUGAAAUUGGACACCUAAACUGGCGAAUGAUACUGUGUUUAUUUGGUGGGUGGGUACUGAUAGGCCUUUGCAUAUUCAAGGGAGUCAAAUCUGUUGGAAAGGUUGUAUAUGUUACAGCUACACUGCCCUAUAUAUUACUGACAAUUAUACUGAUCAGAGGAUUGACUUUAGACGGUUCAAUAAAUGGUGUUAUUCAGUAUCUACAACCAGACUUUAGCAAGUUGUUGAAUGCUCAGAUUUGGAUUGAAGCCGCGGUACAGGUGUGCUACUCGUUAGGACCAGGCAGUGGAAUACUUAUUACACAAGCGAGCUUCAAUAAGUUUGACAAUAAUUGUAUCAGGGAUUCCAUAAUGUUCUCCUGUAUCAGUGAAUUCACCAGUAUUUUUUCAGGACUAGUUAUUUUUACAGUUCUUGGUUAUAUGGCAGGACAGUUGUCAAUUCCAUUGGAGAACAUUGUGAAAGGAGGCCCAGGACUAGCAUUCAUUGUGUAUCCCGAGGCUUUAUCAAAACUUCCUGGGGAAAAUGUUUGGUCCUGUAUAUUUUUUGUUAUGAUUCUAUGUGUUGGUCUUGAUAGCCAUUUUGUAACAGUAGAAGCCGUGAUAGGAGUUUUUACAGAUAGCUUCCAAAGAUUACGACGUAGAAGUGAUUUAUUCACCGUGGCUUGGUGCUUUGGAAGUUUUGUUCUAGGUUUAAUCUUUUGUACACAGGGUGGAAUAUACAUAUUUCAAUUAGUUGACUGGUAUGUUAAUGCCCUGUCACUUGCUAUAAUGGGUUUUCUUGAAUGUAUCAUAUUAGGCUGGAUUUAUGGUAUGGAAAGAUUUUCUAAAGAUGUCAAUCAAAUGUUAGGAAGAGGAGUUCCGAUAUUUUUUAGAGUCUGUAUUAUGUUCGUAACACCUCUAAUAAUGUUUGUACUAAUUAUUUCAACACUAAUUGGAUACCAGCCACCUACAUAUGGCAGUUACAAGUAUCCCACAGCGGCUGUCUCCAUUGGAACGAUGCUGUCUAUCCUGCCUAUAGUACCUAUUUUCAUUUUUGCAUUGGUUGCCAUCAUUAAGGCUGAGGGAGACUCAAUUUAUAAGAAAGUAGCAAAUGCCUUGAAACCAACAUCACAAUGGAAACCAGUUGGUCAAGACUAUGAGGCUGUCUAUAAGAAGAAAGAUAUUACAGACAAGAAUUUACUGGAGAAAAUCAAACUUAACCUGCUUGGCGAGACUAACGUUUGAACAGAUGUUAUUAGACGUGUUAGGAAAGGGGUUUAAAUACUGCGCUGAUGUUAAAUACCAAUACCGAUACAAGAUUUAAGUGUGGACUUUCUCAAAAUGCAAUUGCACUGAAAAGUAUCCCGGCGUAGUAUAAUAGUUUACGUUUGUGGUGUGUUUGAUACAAUAUAAAGCGAACAGUUAAUAUCGACUCCAAAUUUUAAGACGUGCAUUGUCCUUACGUAGAUCUUCAUACAUUCAUACAUUAAUUUGUAUUUGUUUGAUUUAAGAGUGCAAAACAAAACUUAACAAAAAUAUAUGUAAGAGUCAAGAAUGGGAAUGACGAAUUUUACGGCCACAAGUCCAAAUAUAUAUAUUAAGCGAUAUGAUUAGAAUAUGUUUAAUAGUUAAAUAACUCAUUUUGUCUCUCCACAAUAGAUAUGUCCUAUUUCCGUCGCAAAUAUAGUUAGCAUGCAUUUUGUGUCCAGGGAUACAGGGACGCGUAUAUAUGUGUGGCUUAAACAAAUCAGUGCUAAUCUGAACUCAUCGUUAUAUCUAUAUAUAAAAAAGAAAAGAAAAAGUGGACACAAGUGGAUACAGUGCUAUUUCUAUAUAAAACUUUAAGAAGCAGGGGGCUACAGUAGAAGGUUGUCUUGCUGCGCAUCGUUUUAAUGUUCAAGAAAACCACUUUUCAUGAGCUAUAUGUGAUUCGUAUUGUCUAAUACUUUCUGGGUAUGAAUGCAAUGAAUGGACAGAGGGACGAAAGAACGGACGGAUGGACCAAUUCACCCAUCACUAUAUACCGUCCAAUUUAGAAAGCGGAGUGUAUAGUGAAUCUAAGGCAAAACAAAAUGAAGCAAAUCGAAAGAAAAAUGACCGACAUAUAAUUUAGCAGACUUUGUUUUGAAAGAGGUGAAAAUAAAUAUUCCGUUUUCAAAAAACCUCCUGACCCAAAUAUACUAACAUUAACUUCUCCAUAUGAAAGUUUAACGCCACUUUCAACAAUAUCUCAAUUUAAUCGUGGUGUUCUGUUUUGUUGGUGGAGGAAGCCGUGGUAACAAGAAAAAAAAAACUUCCGACCCUUCACCGAAACGUAAAUUAAACAUGCUUGAUAAUGUCCAAACGUUGUAAUCUUUUAAUACUUAAUUCGAUAACCUCUCUUUUCGAUAACCUCUCUUUUCCGAAAAACUAACUGAUAAAAGUUGAUAGAAGGAAAAUGUCAGGGCAAAAUUUUUUAUGUGAAUAAGAAUUAAUUCAUUUAACAUUAUAUAAAAUUGUCAGCGACCUUUCUAGAUAAAAUAAAAGUAUAAAGAUAAUCAAAUUGAAAACACUUUUAUUUCGGUCUUUUUUUUAAUUGUCAAGUACACAAAUUUCUAGGUUGGUUUAUUUUUAGAAUUUUACGCUACUGUGUAACACAUUUCUCUAUUCUAGAAAAUGAUAUAAAAUAAGGAGAUGCGGUAUGAUUGCCAAAAUAGACUACUAUCUACCAGAGACCAAAUUUCGUAAAUGUUUGCAACUAUAGAUCACCGUAUGACAGACCACCAACACGGAGCAAAACCAUUCCCGCAUAUAAAAGCUAAGAAAUGCCCCGACAUGACAAUUAUUUUUUUAAAUAAAUUUCAAAUAAACGAACGUUUUGAACAAAGAUUGAUGUAGAGUAAAAAAUCGGAUCAGAAUGUGAUUUGAUUCCUGUGUUUUUUCUAUUCAUUUAUUUGAUCACUUUGUAGAUUUUCCUUGUAGUCGUUCAACAAAAUAGUACGAAAUGGGGGAACAACGCUCUUAAACUUAAUCGAUCCCUACUAUGUCACAAUGCAAGAAUAAUGUUCGUGUUGUUUUGCUGGAUCCUCGUCCGUGUAUUGCGGAAUAAAUUGUUACUAUUUUAUUGUUUAAAAAUCAUCUCAGCAUUAUCCAACAAACCCAUACAGGUAACUAUAAUGAAUGAUUAUCUGUGCUUUUUGAGAUAGUCCCCACUAUAGCCUGUAUUGGUAUUGGUAUUUAACAUCAGCGUCAAAAUCGUAUUGACUUUCCUAACACGUCUAUUGAAACAUGUUGUUAAUAAUGAAUCUGAUAUAAAGGUGUGCAAUUUAAUCAUUACAGCUGUUUCAAUUUCGUAUGUAUCACAUUGUGUUACCUUGUAAUAUAUUUAUAAGGACAAUAGUAGUAUGAUUCCUCCAUAGGCGACAAUACUGCUAUUUGCCUAAUCUGCUUUUUUUUAUUUAUCAAUUGUUUAUUAUAUUAUGUUACUUUGUAUACACAUGUAUGUAUUGGAUGUAUAUUUUGACUAAACUUAUAUUUAUUCCUAUCGUCAGAACAUAGAUUUAACUUGUUUUAUUAAAGGUGUAGAAUAAAGGAAAUUCUAGUUGUCUCAUUCGCUUAAUA